AGCAGAGAGAGAGUGUGUGUGUGUGUGUUCAGCCUCAGACGGUGAGGAAACAUGGAGACGAACGGGCGCGCGGAGGAACUGACCGGAAACAGCGACCAGCUGAUCUUCUUCGUCAACGGCAAGAAGGUCGUGGAGAAGAAUGCUGACCCUGAGAUGACACUGCUGACUUAUCUGAGGAGAAAAUUGGGUCUCACAGGAACAAAGCUGGGCUGUGCUGAGGGCGGCUGUGGAGCCUGUACCGUCAUGCUGUCCCGAUACGACACACACACACAGCAGCUUCUUCAUUACUCGGCCAACGCCUGCCUCGCUCCGCUCUGCUCCCUCCACCUGGUUGCCGUGACGACCGUGGAGGGAAUCGGCAGUGUGGCCCGGAAACUGCACCCAGUACAGGAGCGCAUAGCGAAGGCUCACGGCUCUCAGUGUGGGUUCUGCACGCCGGGCAUCGUCAUGUCGAUGUACGCUCUGCUGCGCCGCAACGCCACGCCCAGCAUGGCCGACGUGGAGGAGGCCUUCCAGGGGAAUCUGUGUCGCUGCACCGGCUACCGGCCCAUUCUGGAGGGAUACAGGACCCUGACUGUGGACGGCGGUUGCUGCGGCGGGAAAGGGAAGAAGGGCGGCUGCUGUUUGGCCAAUGGGAGCGCAGCGAGCGAACACAAACAGGAAGAGGAAGCCCUGCCCCUCUUUGAUACAGCAGAGUUUGCACCCUUGGAUCCAACACAGGAAGUCAUCUUCCCCCCCGAGCUGAUGUCUCUCUGCAGGGGUCAGAGGUCGCGCUCGCUGCGUUUCCGUAGCGACCGGGUGCUGUGGCUGCAGCCGGCGACGUUGAAAGAGUUCCUGCACCUGAAGGCCGAGCACCCGCAGGCCAAGGUGCUGGUGGGAAACACUGAAGUGGGUAUUGAGGUGAAGUUCAAGAAUAUGCACUACCCCGUCAUCCUUUCUCCGACCUUCAUCCCUGAACUGCACAGUGUGAAGCACACUGAGGAAGGCAUUGUGUUUGGCGCGGCGUGCUCGCUCACUCAGAUGGGGGCGGAGCUCCAGCGGGCGGUGGCCGCUCUUCCUCCUCACCAGACCGAAGUCUUCCUCGCCGUCCUGCAGCAGCUGCGCUGGUUCGCCGGGCAGCAGAUCCGCAACGUCGCGGCUGUGGGAGGAAACAUCAUGACUGCCAGUCCAAUAUCAGACCUCAACCCCGUGUUCAUGGCAGCCGGCUGCAAACUCACACUCAUGGACAAAGACGGCAGUCGUGUGGUUCAGAUGGACGACAGGUUCUUCUCGGGCUACAGGAGGACUCUGGCCCGUCCGGAGGAGGUUCUGCUGUCCGUCGAGGUUCCCUUCAGUCAGAAGGAUCAGUACGUGUUGGCCUUCAAGCAGUCGCCUCGCCGGGACGAUGACAUCAGCAUCGUCACCGCGGCGAUGAGCAUCACCUUUGUUGCCGGGACGACUGUUGUCAAGGACCUGAAGCUUAGUUACGGAGGGAUGGCGGUGACCACGGUGAUGGCUAAGAAAACGGCUAACAUGCUGCUGGGCAGGCAGUGGGGGGAGGAGCUUCUGCAGGAGGCUUGCUGCUCAUUGGCCGAGGAGUUGACCCUUGACCCCUCGGCGCCGGGCGGCAUGGUGACGUACCGGCGAACUCUGAGCCUCAGCCUCUUCUACAAGUUCUACCUGAGCGUCCUGCAGAGGCUGCACACCCAGGGUGUGUGUGUGCAGGGAGUCCCGUCUGACUGUCUCAGCGCCACGGAGGUUUACGAAGCCGAGACUCCGUCCAGCGUCCAGGUCUACCAGGCGGUGCCGGAGGGGCAGAGCCAGGACGACGUGGUGGGCCGUCCCAUGAUGCACCUGUCGGCCCUGAAGCAGGCGACGGGCGAGGCGGUGUACUGCGACGACAUGCCGCUGUUCGAGAACGAGCUUUACCUGGCGCUGGUGACCAGCAGCAAGGCUCACGCUCGCAUCCUGUCUAUAGAUGCGUCGGAGGCGGAGCGAAUGCCCGGCGUCGUCAGCUGUGUUUUUGCCGCCGACAUUCCUGGGAGCAACGCGACCGGCCCCGCCGUUUACGACGAGACCGUCCUCGCCGACGGCACGGUCACCUAUGUAGGUCACAUCAUCGGGGCGGUGGUCGCCGACACGCAGCUUCACGCCCAGAGAGCCGCCAAGGCCGUCAAGAUCCAGUACGAAGAGCUGGAGCCCAUCAUCACCAUCCAGGAAGCCAUCGCCGCCCAGUCCUUCUACCAGCCAAUCAGAACCAUCCAGAGGGGCAACCUGGAGGCGGGGUUUAAACAGGCCGACCACGUCCUGGAGGGUGAGAUGCACAUUGGCGGUCAGGAGCAUUUCUACCUGGAGACCCACACCACGCUGGCCGUCCCGCGAGGAGAGGACGGGGAGAUGGAGCUGUUCGUCUCCACGCAGGCUCCCACCAAAACACAGGUGCUGGCGGCCCGGGCGCUGGGCGUCCCGGACAGCAGGGUGCUGGUCCGGGUCAGGAGGCUGGGCGGAGGAUUCGGGGGCAAAGAGAGCCGCUCCACCAUGCUGUCCACUGUGGUGGCUGUGGCUGCCCACAAGCUGAAGCGGCCUGUCAGGUGCAUGCUGGACAGGGACGAGGACAUGUUGAUCACAGGAGGACGUCACCCGUUCUACGGAAAAUACAAGGUGGGCUUCCUGCGCAGCGGCCGGGUCGUGGCUCUGGACGUGUCGUACUUCAGCAACGCAGGAAACUCCCUGGACCUGUCGCUGCCCGUGAUGGAGCGCGCUCUGUUCCACAUGGAGAACUCGUACAGCGUGGCCAACGUGCGCGGCCGCGGCUUCGUGUGCCGCACCAACCUGGCGUCCAACACCGCCUUCAGGGGCUUCGGCGGGCCGCAAGGCAUGAUGGUCGCUGAGAGCUGGGUGACCGACGUGGCCCAGAGCCUGAAGCUGCCGCCCGACCAGGUGCGGCGCCUCAACCUGUACCAGGAGGGCGACGCCACGCCCUUCAACCAGCGGCUGGAGCAGUUCACCCUGGACCGCUGCUGGGACGAGUGUCUGUCCCGCUCGCAGUACCAGCAGCGCCGGGACGCCGUGCAGCUCUACAACAGGCAGAACCGCUGGACCAAGAGGGGCGUGGCCGUCGUGCCCACCAAGUUCGGCAUCAGCUUCACCGCCGUCUUCCUCAACCAGGCGGGGGCUCUGGUUCAUAUCUACACAGACGGCUCAGUGCUGCUGACUCACGGAGGGACGGAGAUGGGACAGGGGCUGCACACCAAGAUGGUCCAGGUUGCCAGCAGGGUUCUGGGUGUUUCCCCCUCAAAGAUCCACAUCUCGGAGACGAGCACCAACACGGUGCCGAACACGAGUCCGACCGCCGCCUCGGCCUCGUCUGACCUGAACGGAGCCGCCGUGCAGAACGCCUGUGAGAUGCUGGUGAAGCGUCUGGAGCCCUACAGGACCAAGAACCCCAAAGGAUCAUGGGAGGACUGGGUGAAGGCGGCGUACUUCGACCGAGUCCACCUGAGCGCCAACGGCUUCUACAGGACUCCGGGUCUCGGCUACGACUUUGAGUCAAACUCAGGAAACCCGUUCCACUACUUCACCUACGGCGUGGCGUGUUCUGAGGUGGAGGUGGACUGUCUGACCGGCAGCCACAAGAACCUCAGCACCACCAUCGUGAUGGACGUCGGCCACAGCCUCAACCCGGCCAUCGACAUCGGACAGGUGGAGGGGGCGUACCUGCAGGGUCUGGGCCUCUUCACGCUGGAGGAGCUGCGCUUCUCUCCGCGGGGCGUCCUGCUGACCCGCGGCCCCGGCUCCUACAAGAUCCCGGCUUUCGGCGACAUCCCGGCCCGGCUGACGGUGUCGCUGCUGCGGGACGCCCCCAACCAGAGGGCCAUCUUCGCCUCCAAGGCGGUGGGCGAGCCUCCUCUCUUCCUGGCGGCGUCUUCUUUCUACGCCAUCAAAGACGCCAUUGCUGCCGCCCGGGAGGAGGCGGGGCUUCACGGCCCCUUCAGGCUGGAUAGCCCCGCCUCCUGCGAGAGGAUCCGUAACGCCUGCGCCGACCGCUUCACCAAGCUGUGCCCCCCUGCAGAGCCCGGUACCUUCACCCCCUGGGAUGUCCAAGUCUAGCUCGCUUGGCCAGAGAGAGAGAGGGAGGUUCCUCUGAACGCUGCAGAAGCACAACGUCACUGUUCCAUCACCCGUCAGACGAUCCACACAGAACCUUCUGUUCUGUUCUGUCCUGUUUUGUUCUGUUUUGUUUUGUUUUGUUGUUGUUUUGUUCUGUUUUGUUUUGUUUUGUUGUUUUGUUGUUUUGUUGUUCUGUUGUACAGGAUCCAGCAGAGGUCAUGUCGAGGUCACAUGGUAACAGUUUUCAGGUUUUAAACAAACAGCGAGACAGAAACAAUAUUUUAGAGAACAGAGUCAGCUGAUCAGUCACAUGUCAGUUCAGCAGGAUGUCAAUAAACCAUAAACUGUAUUUCAGCCGCAUGUUGACGCUCUGCUGGCCGUGCUGCACAGGACACGCCCCCAGGGUUAGGGUCAGGGCUCUGAUUGGCUGAAGGCUUUUGAUGUCAGGCCUUUCUUGGCCAACACAUUUUACGACCAAUCACAGCGCUGGUGGGCGUGUCUUGCCCAGAACUCCGGUGGGAUCCAUAAAGACAUGUUGUUGGAAUACAGGUUAUGGUUUGUUUAUAUUUUACUUGCUGAUUUAACACCUAUUACUGUAUUGUAACUCCAAAAAAAGAAGAAAACAACAAAAAACAAAAAAAAAACAACUUUACUUUAAACUUUACUGUGGUCUCGCCUCUGAUCACGUUUCCAUGGUAACUGACUGAUGGAGUCCAUAAAAGCUUGUGGGUGUUGUUGAACUCAGGAAUGAGACCCGGCUCCUUCCAGCUGUAACGCAGCUAACCCUCACCAAUAAUCACAACCCAUUAAAAAUCAAUGGGAGGCUCAGAUCAGCUGAGAUCACACAAACUGCAUGUUCACAUCAGUGUCAUCAAAGAAAUAUCAAAGAAAUGAUUUGCUGUAACUCUGAAGAUG